AUGAUGUUAAUUGAUUCAUAGGACAAGUUUCUUAAAACAUAGAUAAUGGAAUUGAUUAUGUAAUUGAUUAUAAAGAGUGUAGGAAUAAAUAAAAAAGAAUCGUAGUAGCAAAAGAUUUUAAUUAUUCAUGCACAAAAUUGGAAUAUAUGGAAGAUGGUAAAUUGUUUUUAUCAUUUUAAUGUUUUAAUUUUAAUGAGAUUUUUAGUAUUGCAGGUAAUUACAUGAUAGAAAAAUAUUAUAAGGGUAAUAAAAUAUAUAUAAGAAAUAGAUUAUACUAGAGUGGACAGAAAGUGGAUUUAAUUUAACAUUUUCAUUUGAUGCAAAAUCAGCAAAAGAAGAACCUAAGAUUCCAAAGAAUGCAAAUGAAGCAGAGAAAGCUGAAAUAUAAGAAUUAAGAUAGUAAAUAAGAGGAGAGAAUUAGAAAUUAUUUGAGAAAGUCACAAGAGAUUUUUCAUAAAUAAGAAGAAACUUUUAUGCAGUUGUUUUUGAAUAGGCAUUUGAUUAAAUUAAUAAAGGAGAAGGAGCUAAUAAAUUUAAUAUUAAAGUAGAGAAAAUGAAGUUGUAUAUGCAAUAUCUGAUAAAGAUGCAUUAUACAUAUUCUAUGAAAUAUCAUUUUAGGAUAAUGUAGAUAGAACAUUAGCAAAUUUAAUAAUUACAGAGAUUAUUAAUAAAUAGCAAAUAAAAAUGUGUAUCUAGAUCUAAUUAUAAAAAGGAUAUUGAAAAAAGCAUUUUCAGAUGUAUCUAAUAUCACUGUUAAUUAAAAUUCAUAAAAUAUAUCAAUUCAUUCUUUAAUCUAUAUUUUUAAUAGGAUUAGGCUAUCAGAAAUAUAUAAACAAAUAGAUAAUACUUAUAUUACCUAAUUCUCUAAAUAAGAAAAACCGUCAUUCAUGGUGAAACAAAAAUAACUAAGAAGUGCUAACUCAUCUUUACUUCAGCAACAAAAGGGCUCUUUAAGGCACUAACUAAAAAUUAAGAUUAAUAUUAAGUAUAUAUUUAUUUCUUUUUAUUAUAAACCUAAUUGAAAAAAUUUUAAUUUAUAGAAAUGAAUGACAUCAACUUUAAAAUUAUUUAAAAUAAUAUUUGUAUCAAAAUUUUAAUCAUUCACCUAUG